UAGCAAGUGAUUUUGUUCAGUGUAUAUGGUAAUGUUUGGUGAAGCUUUGUUUGUCAAUAAUAAGAUUAACUAAAUAGACGAUGUACUUAAAUUCAGGACGUGGUGGCAGCAGUGAAAGUAUAAGCCAUUCAAUGCUAUCAAUCCUCGAACAACCGCAAUUCAAUGGUACUGGGAGCAGCCACAUCAAGAGCCAGUCAGAACAGACAGCUACGUCCGAUCUCAUUGAAUCCGCCAGCGAAGAAACAAACUGCAUAGAAGCGAUCAAAUCACCAUCGAAUGAUGCUCAACCUGAUGAUCCUCACAAACAAAAGGAAGAGUCAAGGUCUGACAUAGAUGGGAUGAAUAUAUCGAGUGUGCAGAAUAUAGUGACUAGUUUAUCAAAGAGGAGCAACCAACAAGUAGGUUGCAAUCUUCCCAAAAGCUCAAACCAACAUGAGAAUGAUGUGCACCCGACCUUGCCCUACAUGCCAUGCGUAUUGGCGACAGGAAAUGGGCCGAAUGGGAAAACCGUGCAUGGAUUUCUCUACAAGUACACGAAAGGGGAGGUGAUCAUCAUUUGCGUCUGCCAUGGAAGCUCCUUCUCUCCAAUGGAGUUUGUGCAGCAUGCUGGAGGCAUAGAUGUUUCUCACCCUCUGAAGCAUAUCACGGUAGUCCCACCUACAAUUUGAUGUGUUGGCAUAACAAUGGGGAGUAACUUUGUUUCACUUUCUUGACUCCUUUUUUCCUUCUUUCGAGCCAAACAUUUAGCGGGGAUGAGAGGGAGAUGACUUCUACAUGUACAUUAUAUCUUUGGAUUGUUGGGGAAUCUUCUCAUGAAACAGUUGGAGGAGAUUCAAUUUGCUUUGUUUUUGUUUCUUUUAGUAAACUAUCUAACCGCAUCAACAAUUAGGUCUAAAGGGCUCUGCAUUCAGGCUCGAAAGUAAACACAUCUCAUUUUCUUAUACAUCAAUAGUAUGUAUAAUUGUACAUAGAUGGCGAGGUAAGUUCAACAUGUUGUAUUUAUAAAUAUAUGUAGACUACAUUCAUAAAUGCCAAGUCACUUAGGACUAUGACUAGAAAUGACGGUCGUAUUCGAUCGAACAUUAUUCGAUCGAGCAGUGUGAUUCCUUAGUGGAGAAAUCCAUAGGGUCCUUGCCGCUCAUUAGUUCAGGUAAAUGCUUCGAUGCAAGGUGAGAUCUAACGAAAUAAAAAAUCGACAGCUCGUAUGUUCAAGACAUCGAGGGAUACGUAACUAAAAGACCUAGGAGGAGGCACCUCAGCCCUCCUAAAUUGUUUUAACUCAAUUGAACCGUGUCUCGCCACUAAAGUAAGGGUUCUGCGAGAGAUUUUAGGGAAAUAUGAUCCUGACCUUAGUGCUAGGUAAAUUUUGUGUAAGCUACUUGCCAGAUCAUAAGUAACUAUCAAUGAUUAUCUAACAGUUAACCACUGAAACAUAAAUCACUAAUUUUUCGGUGCGAUAUCCAUUUCGAUUAUGAAAAGGGACUAGUUAGUAUAACAACACCUAUUUUGUUGUUAGGGUGACAACACUAGUCUCCAACCAAUAGGAAGGUAGGAUUGUGAUGACUUUUUAUUAAAUAAGUUGACCUUAAUAUAAAAUCACUGAAAGGGCAUAAUAGUUACUAAAAACAGUCCGCAUGUGGCGUGUUCCUCUGUGCAGCACCAAGUUUCAUUUAAUUUUUUUAUAAAUACUAAUUAUUAUUGGCCUAAUUGAAAAGCAAGCGAUUUCCAAAAAAAAAACGAGGGUUUUAUGCUUGCAGGCAGCUCUACCCCUCUAACCUCUACACGUAAGUCGUAACUUAAAGAUUUCAAUUAUAAAGGAGCAGAGUAAAUAAAAUUGGGCAACAAUAAAUCCAGUUCCGUUUGUGGAGAAUAAAUCUAACCUAAACCACCAUGGAUUGGUAAACCAAAAUAUGUAUAAAUUUAUAGCUUAUUUUCUAGCCAACCAAUAAGUUGGAAUAUGAAGUUUUUGUUUUGUUAAAAUAACUUGUUGAUAUCAAAUGGUAAUGUCAUGAUGCACUUGAAAAUGUUGUGCUUAUGAUAUAAUGGUUUUUGUUACGCGAGUUCAAUCAUCGGUUACUAGUUACUGGAAUUUUGUGGUAUGUAUUGUAAGAUUUGUGAUUUUUUGUUUUAAGACAUUUAUGGUAUGUUUUCUAGUGUUUUUUAUCUACUUUUUGUGGUUUGUUUUUCAUUUUUUUUAUGCAUUUUGAUAUAUGUGGUUUGUUUUAUUGUAUUUAUGGUGUGUAUACUUUAUGAGAAUUGUGGUUUAGUUUCUCAUGUUUAUGGUAUGCUUUGUAGUAUUUUGUAGUGUGAUUUGUUUUCUCGUAUUUAUGGUGUGCUUUAUGAGACACCAAAAACCUCUUAAUGCACACAACAAAUCUCCAGAAACACCACAAAGCAUACAACAAAUUUUUUUAAAGCAAACUAAAAACUUCCUAAUGCAAUCCACUAAUCUCAUUAAGCAAACUAGAAACACAGCAAAACAAACCACAAAUUUUUUUAAAGCAAACUAAAAACCUCCUAAUACAAACAACAAAUCUCAUUAAGCAUACCAGAAUCACCGCAAAACAAACCACAAAUAUUUCCAAAGCAAACCAAAACCCUUCCAAUAUAACCCACAAAUCUUU